UAACCGGUCAGCUGUCAAUGUCAAUUUUCAAGUCCAUACAAUUAGUUUUUUUCCAACGCACAUGAGUAUUUACACAUUUGCUAGUCAACCGCGUAAAUAAAUUUAAUCACACUUAUCUUGAAAUCCGCACCUUGUGAAGAAGAACAUGUCGCACAAAUGCAACAGCAGUCACUCUAUCAUGUCGGAUGGCACUUGGAUAGGUUGGUUCGUUAACCUGCAGGUUAAUGCUUUUCUGUGUCGCGUGCCCUUUGAAUUCGUCCAGGACAGAUUCAACCUAACCGGUCUGGAAGUGUUAGUGCCGAGCUUUCACCAGACACUGGAUGCCAUACUCGACACAGAAUUUGAUACGGACUAUGGAUUCAAUCCAAUGGACACAGAUCCCGAGCUGACGGCACAGCUGUAUGGAUUGAUCCAUGCACGCUACAUCAUAACCACGCGGGGCAUCGAUGACAUGUGCCAGAAGUAUCAGCGGGGUGAGUUUGGCAUCUGUCCACGCAUCUUUUGCAACGGUCAGCUGGUGCUGCCCGUGGGCCUAUCGGAUCGCUUCGGCGAGUCCCAUGUCAAGGUUUAUUGUCCGCGCUGUAGGGAUGUCUAUCAGCCACAUGCGCGUUGCGCUCUGCUCGAUGGGGCAAUGUUUGGCAGCAGCUUUCCCCACAUGUUCUUUAUGCAGUUGCCCCAACUGUUGCCGGAACCGCCGGUCGAGAAGUAUACGCCACGCAUCUAUGGCUUCCAACUGCACAAGUCGGCGCUUAGUGCACCCAAAUCACAAUCCUCCGGCAGCAAUAGCCCUAACAACAAGAACUCACCUGGCCAGCCAAAGGUUUGCCCCUGCGCCAACGUAAGCCUGGAAGUCUCGCCAACCAGCCGACCGCCCAUGCGACGUUUUAAUUUUACACUUAAUUAGACUUAUUUAUGUAUCCAAAUUUUAACUAGUUUGUCAGAUUUUUGAACCAUAGACACAGACAUAAACGCUCGCUUAUUCAUGGUAAUUCAAAUGAAUGCAUUGGUAUGCGAUAGUAGUCUUUUAAAUGUAGCUUAAAUAAAAUUGGAAAUC